UGCUGACAACACUCGAGAAUUAUUGAUUCACGCAUUAACAAAAAUCGCGGCCACAUACAAUACAAUUUAUCCAAAAAAGUUCAAAUGAAAUUAUUCGAAAAUGAUUACGAGUUCAGCCGACAGUGAAGAUGUGCAUAACCUCCGAAAUUCUUCCACUCAAAAUGAUUCAUCUGGCGAUAACAUCGAUAAAGAAUUGAACUUCUUGCGACACAAACUAGAAAAGUUCCAACAUCGCAUACUGAAAGAUGUGAUGGAAGAUGUCAUAAGAGAGAUACAUUUAUAUGAAUUCACUAAAAAUGAAUUCAGGAAUUUGAAUCUACAAUAUCAAAACCGCCUAUAUACAUCAUAUAAUCGUGUGAGAGUAACGUCUCAGGAAUCUAAUAGUAACACUAUUAAUAUUGUUAAGCAAAAACAAAGAUUGCCUGAAAAGGUCUUUGUUUCACGAGAGUCUUAUUUGACAGCUCUAUUAGAAGUGGAUCAUAUCAAAACAAUUCUCUACAUAUUCUACGCUAUUUUAUUAGUAUUAUUUUUGAAUACGCUUUGUUACUCAUAUUUUGCAGAAGAAAAAAUAAAGAUUGGACUUGACGCAUUUAAAUCGGGUUUUGAAAAGAUCGAAUAUGUAUUUCUGAUAUGGUGUUUUCAACAUGUCUUUGUCUUUUUAUUAUAUUUCGCAUUCAAAUUGUGGGCAUCGGUACGCUCUAAACUUCAUGAAUUACCUUUUCUACUAUAUUUCUGGUCAAUCGGUUGCCUUAUAAUCUACAUAAGCUCUCAGCUGCUAUUUGGGUACGAAGCUUCUAUAUAUUGUCUAAAAUUGAACUUGCCUUUUGUAUGUGGAGGUGUGCUUCUACUAGAAACUACAAGACUACUUAUGAAGAUGCACUCAUUUGUACGUUUGAAUGCAAGACGAAUAAUCACAGGAAAUCUAAAAUUGGAUAGUGGUGAUAACAAUCUUGAUAAUCCAUUGAACUCUUUAUCAGUGCUAAAAUUUAGCAAUUAUGUGUACUUUCUUUUCGCCCCAACGCUACUCUAUCGUGACAGCUAUCCGCGUACUAGGCAUAUCCGCUGGAAAUUUGCGCUCACACGUUUCAUGGAAGUUGUGGCUGUUGCUUUCAUGUACAGUUAUUUACACGAGAGGUACAUACGUGUGUAUUUCGCUAAUAUGUGUCUUGAGGAGCUACAUGGGCCUCAAAUAGUUGAUAAACUGUUCGGUAUGUUAAUGCCCGGUGCUAUCAUAUUUUUAUGUGGUUUCUAUUUGAUACAACAUUCCUGGCUUAACUUUACUAGUGAAAUAUUAAGAUUUGGUGAUCGUCUGUUUUACAAAAACUGGUGGAGCUUAUCAGCUGUGGACGUAUUCUUCCGCAGUUGGAACAUUCCGAUCCAUGAUUGGUUGUACGAGUUUAUUUAUAAGGAUUUGUACGAAUAUGUUUUCAGACGUUCGAAGGCUAUCGCUGCCUCAUUUACAUUUUUCGUUUCUGCUGCUGUCCAUGAAUAUAUUUUAUCAUUGGCAUUUCACUCAUUCUUUCCAGUCAUAUUUUUCUUCUUUUUUGUAUUCAGUGUACCUAUGUUCCUCAUUGCGGGUAAAGUAAAAAUCGGAAAUUUUCUUUUUUGGAGUCUACAAAUUCUUACCAAUGGCACUAUUAUAACAUUAUAUAGCAUGGAAUAUUACGCACGUCAAAAUUAUCCAAGAUCCCUUGAAAAUUGGUCUGACUAUUUGUUACCAACUAUUUGGGUGUGCUACAAUAAGUAAGAAUAUAUUCUACGGGAAAUACGUCAAAUAGCAAGUAUAUACGACUAUAAUAGGUGAUAUUCUAAGUAAAGAAGACUUUAAAAAAAAUACGUGUUUGUGGUGAAACUAUCUAUAAGCAGUUACAUCGAUCAAUGCAUGUAAUUGCCGAUAGAGAGAGAGAGAGAGAGAUGUCUACUGCAAACCCACCUUCUUGUUAAUAAAUUAAUUGAUUGAAUUAAUUAGUCAUUUUGCUAUCAUUUCAAAUACACGAAAACUACAAUUUAUUAAUAAUAAUAUG